GCUAGGAUCAACGCAUUAUGGCACCAUAACCUAGAUCGAGUCAAGCAGCACUAAACACGACACCAGACAGCAAUGGCUUACGUUCAAGUUCGAUGUAUACUCGGCAGUCUUAUAGUCGCUGGGAUGGUGUUAGUGGCAAUACUCAUUCACAUCUCGAAUAAUAUGAAAGACGCAGUACAUCCGAGGAUAAAGACGUCCGAAGUAUCCAAUGUGAUUGACCCUUCACCGACAACCAGCCGUGACAUUCAAUACAAGUCUACAGACUUUCCAACCGAGAACGCAAGUUGUAACCCUGUGGAGAACAUAGUAUUUCUGAAAACCCAUAAAACCGGAAGUAGCACUGUACAGAAUAUACUCUUCCGUUAUGGAGAAAAACACAACUUAACUUUUGCGUUACCAAAACCUCCAAGGAUAAAUUUGAUGGGUUGGCCUGAAUAUUUCAACGAGAAAUUCAUGAUUCAAAUACCGGGUGGAAAUUACAAUAUAUUUACCUUUCAUACAAGGUUCGAUUACGAAGCUAUUAAGUCAAUCAUGCCGGUAAACACGGUCUACAUAACCAUAUUACGAGACCCGGUAACGCAGUACGAAUCUUUGUUCACUUACCACCAAAUGCAAAGAAAGCUAAACAUUCCGAAAAUAAGUGAAAAAUCUUCACUUGAAGUAUUUCUAGAAAACCCAUUGAAAUAUUAUAAAUCUGACGGAUACAACGGACUGUCACGAAAUCCAUCUUUGUAUGACCUUGGCUUUCGCGUUGACUUCAUGGAUGAUACGCAUGCAAUACGGAAACAAAUCAAAGAGGUGGAAGACGUAUUCGAUUUUGUCAUGCUUACAGAGUACAUGGAGGAGUCACUAAUAUUGUUACGUCAUCUCCUGUGUUGGGAGAUCGAAGAUAUUGUACAUUUCAAAUUGAAUUCCAGACUGGGGAAAAGUAAAAGAUAUGUAGACCAGUUGGCUGAAGGCAUUCGAGGCUGGAACCACGCUGACGUCGCUUUGUAUAAUUAUUUUAAUGCUACGUUUUGGGGAAUGAUAAAAGAAUUUGGUGAAGAGAGAAUGGAGCUGGAAGUCAAAACUCUUAAAAAUAAAAUUGAAGAGCUGUUCAAGUUUUGUGUUAAAGGUUUAACGGACGACGUGGUUGGGUUUGUGCCGCAAGGUGUACAAAUAUUCAGUUACGAGUUGAAUCCACAUGCUAGAAAUAACACGCUUUGUAAAAAUCUAAUACGAACAGAGUAUCAGUUUACUUACCGACUUAAAAACAAGUAUAUUCAUUCCGAUGACUGA